AUGACUCCCGAAGAAACACAAGGGUUCCUCAAAAGUCUUGUCGCUCCCCUACGCAAUCAAAUCCCCACUCCUCUCCUUCACCGUCCAAGUGAAGCAGGUCUUGAAUAUGAAGAUGUAUUCUUUCCUUCUGAAGACGGCACACCUCUUGAAGCAUGGUAUAUCCCCAAGCCAGGCUCCAACAAGUUGAUCAUUGCCAAUCAUCCCCUCCGCUGCACUCGAUCAGGCUACCCCGCUCAUCUCGAGCCAUGGAAGGCAUUUCUCGGUGGUUCCGCCACGGGAAAUGAUUUUGAGCUCAACUUUAUUCCUGACCUCAAGAUCCUGCAUGAUGCUGGGUAUAAUGUUCUUACGUACGAUAUGCGAAACUCUGGAAAUAGUGGACAAGCGAAUGGUGGCAUCACUGGCACUGGUCGUUUUGAAUCAAGAGAUGUGGUUGGGUCGUUGAACUAUGUUCGCAGUCGAGACGACACCAAGAACAUGACCAUCGGGCUAUUCAGUCGUUGUUUGGGAGGUAUCGCUACAUUUUUUGCCAUGGACCGUCGACCAGAAGUUUUCAAGGAUGUACGCUGUCUUCUUGUUCCUGAGCCUCUCUCGUACCGACCAUUUGUCGAGAAGGCUCUUGCCAUGUUUGGGCACGACGAUCGGUUUGAAGACGUUAACGACAUGAUCAAGAUGGAGACAAGCUUCACAGUUGAUGAAUUGUCGCCUAUCCCAGUCAUGAAGAAUGUUCGUGUCCCGACGUUUAUUUAUUCAGUGCGCGAGGACAUCUUGACGAAGGAGAGUGAUGUACAGACUAUGUAUGAUUCUCUCACUGUGGAGGAUAAGAAGUUGCAUUGGGUGGAUGGGACGGUGCGGAUGAAGGGGUAUACCUAUUUCCAAGAGAAUCCGGAGGUGUUUGUAGAUUGGCUAGCUCGCCAUAUGGAGUAG